AUGUGUUUUAAAAUAAUAUUAGUGUGUUUCUUUCAAUUAAAUGCAGUGUACUCCGCUCCGUUACAUCUGCAAGUUUUGCAUCCGUCGUAUCAGAAGACCGCGCCUUCUCAACAAAUGCAGCAACAGCUUUUAGAACUACAACAGCUGCAAAAUUUUCAACAAUUAAAUACUAAUAAUUUCGGUCAAUUAAGCUUCCCUCCGGUAUUAAUCCUCCUACCAAAAGGCGAGACUAACACGAAAGCUGAACACGCGAAAAAUGAAGAAACAAAGUCUAAACAACACUUAAACAAAGAAAGAGUCGACGGAGAUUUAGAUUCUGUAAUAAUCGAAGCUGAUUCGAAUGAAUCCGAAAUCGAACCACAGAGAGCUGCAGUUCUAUUACCAAACUUUGCGAGACUAUCAAUUGGAGAUAUAGUUUCAGCGAUUCCGUUCCUUCCGAUAGAAAUAAAUGUUCCGGAUACAAUUGGCUGGGCUUACAAUGGCAUUUCCAGUGGUAUUUCAAGCAUUAUUUCGAUUAUUGGGCAACGGCUGCCUUUCACUUCGAGUUCUAUGCAGGAUCUCUCUCAAGAGACCAAACUAAAGUCAAUUUUACAGCAGUUGCAAAUGAAGAAACAAAACAGCUUCGUGCCGAUCAUCAUGAUGCCGAUUAGUCCACAAAUAAUACCAAUACAGCUACCGAUACAAGUAUAG